AAGUGCCUAUUUCAGAAAUCUACCCACCACUGGAAUAGAACAGCCCUUGUUUCUAAUAGUUGGUCUAUAUUAUUUGUUUGCCUGAAAGAUAACAGAAUAUCACAUCAUGGGUUACUUCAUUGUGAGCAAAGUGCUGCUGGUUGGGUGCCUGGUGGGAAUCGCUGUGGUUCUUCCAUGCUUUAGGGGGUCUCUGUUUUUCCUUCAGGGAGCUCCUUUCCUAAAUGGCACUGUGUUGUUUUCUACCUUUCUUAAAGCCACUAUGCCAAAUAAACAAUAUGUGAUUUUUUUUUACAAGCCGCUCUGAUAGUUUUGUAACUAUUAUUGAAAGACGACUCACCCUUGCCAGUAGUUUUGAACACAAAUGAAGACCAUGACUGUGAUAUCAAAUCGCCAGCGGUUCCUUCCCUGAUUCAGUUUUGUUCUUUGGCUUAUAGGACCUCCAUCUGUUCUAGGAUCAAAACCUCUAGGCCCUAUUGUGCACCAUUCCACAGCCACCCUAAUUGCCUGUGUUUUGAAAACAUUUUAAAGCUAAAAUUCAGUUCAGCAGUACUGACCUUGAGUCUACUAAAGGGCUAUAAGUAUUUGCCUUUGUAAUCUAUGUGAUCCUUGACUCUAAUAGGCUUACAAUUAACAGCAUUUCAGAAUCUUCCAACCACUGCCUCUUCCCAGCAGGUUGUAAGCCAUGGCGGUGUGGAUACAAGCCCAGCAGCUGCAAGGAGAUGCCCUUCACCAGAUGCAAGCGCUGUACGGCCAGCACUUCCCCAUUGAGGUGCGCCAUUACCUGUCCCAGUGGAUCGAAAGCCAGGCCUGGGACUCAAUAGAUCUUGAUAAUCCACAGGAGAACAUUAAGGCCACCCAGCUCCUGGAGGGCCUGGUGCAGGAGCUGCAGAAGAAGGCCGAGCACCAGGUGGGGGAAGAUGGCUUUCUCCUGAAGAUCAAGCUGGGCCACUAUGCCACCCAGCUGCAGAACACGUAUGACCGCUGUCCCAUGGAGCUGGUACGCUGCAUCCGGCACAUUCUGUACAACGAGCAGAGGCUGGUCCGGGAGGCCAACAACGGUAGUUCUCCAGCUGGAAGUCUUGCUGAUGCCAUGUCCCAGAAGCACCUGCAAAUCAACCAGACGUUUGAGGAGCUGCGACUGGUCACACAGGACACGGAGAAUGAGCUGAAAAAACUGCAGCAGACUCAGGAGUACUUCAUCAUCCAGUACCAGGAGAGCCUGAGGAUCCAAGCUCAGUUUGCUCAACUGGCCCAGCUGAACCCCCAGGAGCGACUAAGCAGGGAGACGGCCCUGCAGCAGAAGCAGGUGUCCCUGGAGGCCUGGCUGCAGCGCGAGGCCCAGACCCUGCAGCAGUACCGCGUGGAGCUGGCUGAGAAGCAUCAGAAGACCCUGCAGCUGCUGCGGAAGCAGCAGACCAUCAUUCUGGAUGACGAGCUGAUCCAGUGGAAGCGGCGGCAACAGCUGGCCGGCAAUGGUGGGCCCCCCGAGGGCAGCCUGGACGUGCUGCAGUCCUGGUGUGAGAAGCUGGCCGAGAUCAUCUGGCAGAACCGGCAGCAGAUCCGCCGAGCCGAGCACCUGUGCCAGCAGCUGCCCAUCCCCGGCCCCGUGGAGGAGAUGUUGGCCGAGGUCAAUGCCACCAUCACAGACAUCAUCUCAGCCCUGGUGACCAGCACCUUCAUCAUUGAGAAGCAACCCCCUCAGGUCCUGAAGACCCAGACCAAGUUUGCAGCCACCGUGCGCCUGCUGGUGGGCGGGAAGCUGAACGUGCACAUGAACCCCCCGCAGGUGAAGGCCACCAUCAUCAGUGAGCAGCAGGCCAAGUCCCUGCUCAAGAACGAGAACACCCGCAACGAGUACAGCGGCGAGAUCCUCAACAACUGCUGCGUCAUGGAAUACCACCAAGCCACAGGCACCCUCAGCGCCCACUUCAGGAACAUGUCCCUGAAGCGCAUCAAGAGGUCUGACCGACGUGGAGCAGAGUCUGUGACCGAAGAAAAAUUUACCAUCCUGUUCGAAUCACAGUUCAGUGUUGGUGGAAAUGAACUGGUUUUUCAAGUCAAGACCCUGUCGCUCCCUGUGGUGGUGAUUGUGCACGGCAGCCAGGACAACAACGCAACAGCCACCGUUCUUUGGGACAAUGCCUUCGCGGAGCCUGGCAGGGUGCCAUUCGCCGUGCCCGACAAAGUACUGUGGCCGCAGCUGUGCGAGGCCCUCAACAUGAAGUUCAAGGCUGAGGUGCAGAGCAACCGGGGCUUGACCAAGGAGAACCUGGUGUUCCUGGCGCAGAAGCUCUUCAACAGCAGCAGCAGCCACCUGGAAGACUACAACAGCAUGUCUGUGUCCUGGUCCCAGUUCAACAGGGAGAACUUGCCAGGACGGAAUUACACCUUCUGGCAGUGGUUUGACGGAGUGAUGGAAGUGCUAAAAAAGCAUCUCAAGCCUCACUGGAACGAUGGGGCCAUCCUCGGCUUUGUGAACAAGCAGCAGGCCCACGAUCUGCUCAUUAACAAGCCUGACGGGACCUUCCUCCUGAGGUUCAGUGACUCAGAAAUCGGCGGCAUCACCAUUGCCUGGAAGUUCGACUCCCAGGAAAGAAUGUUUUGGAAUCUGAUGCCGUUUACCACCAGAGAUUUCUCCAUCCGGUCCCUGGCUGACCGCCUGGGGGACUUGAAUUACCUUAUAUAUGUGUUUCCUGAUCGACCAAAAGAUGAAGUGUACUCCAAAUAUUACACACCGGUUCCUUGCGAGCCUGCCACUGCUAAGGCCGUGGACGGGUACGUGAAGCCGCAGAUCAAGCAAGUGGUCCCUGAGUUUGUGAAUGCAUCUGGAGAGGCAGGGGCCAACGCCACCUACAUGGACCAGGCCCCCUCCCCGGCUGUGUGUCCCCAGACACAUUACAACAUGUACCCCCAGAACCCGGACUCCGUCCUUGACACCGAUGGUGACUUUGACCUGGAAGACACAAUGGAUGUGGCACGCAGAGUAGAGGAACUGCUGGGCCGCCCCAUGGACAGCCAGUGGAUCCCUCACGCACAGUCGUGACCCAGCCCGGCUCCGUUGUCAGCAGCUCCGUGGUCCUUGCCGGAGGAGCUCCUGUCGUGGAUGCGUGACUUCCAUGAACCGCUUCUCUUUGGAAACAAUGCUCAUAAUGUGAAGUGUCCGUCCUCGCUUGUGACUUCGUGUUUCUGUGCACGUGGCACCAGUGGCGGGCGUGUGAGUGCGUGCGUGUGUGCGUGUGCACGUUGCCGUGUGCUUCUGCUCCAUGCCGCCAGCCCAGGGGCCACCUCAGAGGCUGUGCUUGUUCCUGCCCCUCGCAGAGGAAGGCGGUCUCAGCCAUGGGUCUUAAAGGUAGCGGAGCUCCAACCACGGCCACAACUGGAGAGGGCCGCUCUUCUCCACCAGGCCUCCACCACUGUCCGCCAAGCUCCUGCUGCCUCAUCAAGGCUGGAGGCGGCAUGGGGAAGGGGGCUUGGUGGCGGCUUUUUGCUUAGCCACCUGAUGUCCUGUCUUGGUCCUUUCUCCUCCUGCCCCCUGCCUCCCUCUCUGUCUCUGGAAAGCCACACAGUUCCUGUGUGUGUCCACACAAAGGAAAUGGAGGAAAGUGAGUCGCGUGACAGAGCCAACGCUGGGAGGUCCUCGGUGUCAUGGCCAGGGUGGUCGGCAUGGCCCUGACCCCCAGGUGCUGAGUCCCAGGGCAGUGGCCCUUCUGCUCGGUCUGUCCUUCCGUAUCUUCCUUAAGGCUUAGUCACAGUGGCUCUGGGGCAAUGUUGAAUGGCAUUUUUUUUAUUGUUUUGUUUUGUUCUGUUUUGUUUUGUUUCUAAAUUGGGUCUUUUUGGUUCCCCCUUCCCACCAAGUUGGACAGCAGGGUUCUUCCUUCCUGUGACAGGCUGGAGGAGCAGGCUGGGAGCAAGGCCUGACCAGGUACUCCCGCUGCUGCAGGCCACUGGGUACCAGGUGGAGGGAACUUGGGGGAAGUGCAGUCAGCAGAUUUGCUUGGGAGUUUGGUGAACUAUGAAAACCAAAUCAAAAAAACAAAAAAAAAAAGAAAGAAAGAAAAGAAAAAAACUCCCUUGGCAGCAUCUUGUCCUGUGGUCUCCUCCGAAGAAUCAUGCCAGAGGGCAGGACUGGACAGAAAUGGGCAGCGGGGCAAGAGGAGCAGGUGCAACUUUCAGUUGAGGCCUAAGAGGUCCCCUGGGGCCCCUUCUCCAGAUGAGCCCGAGCACCCCUAGAGAGGAUGGCCCUAAAAACCUUAUUUUUAUACAUGUGAGUAAAUAAACAGAUAUUUUUUUUUUUUACAAAAGUAACUUCUGAAUUUAUCAGUGUUUUGCUGUUAAAGGAAAAUAUUCCUCUGUAGGAAACUAUUUAUUGGAAGAUGACUUUUUUAAAGCUGCUGUUUGCCCGGGCUUGGGUUCAUACACUGAGUUAUUCUUCUAUGUCAGGGAGUGGAGUCUCUGCUCCCAUCCCGAGGAGCGGACUGGCUCCUCUUCAGGUGCCAUCUUGGCCUGAGGAGACUGGUCGGCCCCUUCCCUGCCACAAUGUCCAGCUGACUUCACCAGCUGCCCUGGCUGGGACACGGAGCCCAGUGGUACUUUGCUGUCGGAAGUGGGUACCGCCCCAGGGCCCAAGGAGGGCAGAGCAGCCCAGCAGCCCUGAGCGGCUCAGAGCUCACUUGGCAGUUAGCACUGGGGUCUGGGAGGAAGAGCGGGGGUGUUCACACGGGGGCCAAGCCGCCCUUGUUCUCAGGAGGCUGCGCUGAGAGGUGGGAGAGAGUUUUGACUGAAAGGUGCGCUCGUUCUCUGCAUUCUGUUUUCUCUCUUCGCCCUGCUCCUGCAACCACAACAAGAGGUGGUGGCAGGCUCGUUGCCGCUCCCACACCCCUCUACCCCCACCGCACACAGAGUCCUCCAAUGCGCCAGCUCCCUGUGUGUGGCGUGUGCAGGUUUUGUAGGGGAUUGGGGGGAGACCACGUAAGCGUAACUUAAAAUGAAAGUUAUACUUUUUAUAAUUUUUUCUUUCUAAAACUUUGUGAAAUGAUCUCAGAUUCAUAUUUUAGCGUGGGAGGCAGAUCAUAUAGCAACCAAAAAAAGUAUUGUGUACAAUUUGGGGCAGUCACAGAAUUGUGUAUUUCAUGUUACAAUAAAGGCUUCAUCUGAAGAGUUA